UAUAAACAUGACCACUUCCGGUGGUUUAUUUCUACUUUUUUCUUUUUGCCUUUUACCGUUUUGUGAAGCUAGUAUUGUUUGCAAGGACAAAGAUGGAAAUCCAGUCGAUUGGUUUGUUGUGUAUAAACUACCCAAAAUAGACAGUCCAAAUCCCCUCAUAGAUGGAGGAGUUGGUCAUUUCUACAUGGAUACAAAUAACCCAACAUGGACACUUUCUGAUGUAUCCCUGAAUAAAAGUGCUGACCAUGCAGUUUUUUACACCCUUCAACAGAUUUAUAUGAACCGAGAGGCAGGAAAUGUCCUCUAUGUAAUGUACAAUGAUGAACAUCCGGAUGGAAAGAAAACUGGUAGCUACGGCCACACAAAAGGUGAUGUAAUGUUUGAUAAAGAAACUGGCUUCUGGUUAAUUCAUAGUGUGCCAAAAUUUCCACCAGCUUCAAGUGACUCAUACACAUGGCCGGACAAUGCUUUGAGAUAUGGACAAUCAAUGCUCUGCAUAUCAUUGGCAUACUCUCAGAGUACAGUAGUUGGCAAGCAACUGUGGCAUAACCAGCCAUAUGUAUAUGAUGGCAAGAUACCAAUGUCAUGGGCCGAAAAGAACCCACAUUUGUAUGAUAUUAUACACAUGAAGAAGAGCACACCCCCAGCACCAUAUUUCUCUGUUGAGAAAUUGAUAUCUCUUAAAAAUACACAAUUUAUAAGCUUUGCCAAACACAAGAAAUGGGAUAAAGAGUUAUAUGGAGAUCUUGUGGCAUAUUAUUUGAAUACAUCUCUUAAUGUUGAAACAUGGCAGAAUGGUGCUGGAGAUCUCCCGAUCUACUGUAACAUCACUACCAAGAUUCAAACCAUUGAUGACAUCAGUAUGCCACAUAAUAUAACAUUCUCAAAUCAUGGGGAUCAUUCCAAAUGGGCUGCUUCUAACACCUUAAAGGCACCCUAUACCUGUAUAGGUGAUAUAAAUAGACAGAUAAGCCAAUUCCACAGGUCUGGAGGCACUGUAUGUCUGAGUCACAAAGAUGUAUGGACUGCCUUCAAUAGCACUAUUGCUAAACUAGAUAAGUGUGGAUAACUACAAGGGACCAAUGGAAUUCCAAUACAUAUACAGGAAAGCCAUGCUGUCCAAUGUGAACAAAAUUAAUCUCAAGGCUUUCAGUGUCAAUGAUUAAAAGUUUGGGUGGAAAAAGAAUUCAUGAACAUACUAUGAUAUUUACAAAAUAUAUGAUCAUGAAGACAAUACAAGCUUUAAUACACCACAGCAUCAAUGCCAGUUAACACUUAGGGAGUGUUCUCAAGUAAUAACAUAGUACAAUGUAGUAACAUGGGUUUUACUCAAAUUCAGCAGCACACCCAUGGAAUUAACACUCAACUACUCAAUCACAAAGAUAAUAUAAAGUUUAAGUCGAUGCAUUAGGAAUGAGC